UGUUUCGUCUAACCUAUCUUUCGUGAUAUCAAAAUAAAUUAAAUGUGCCAGUGUCGACCAGCAAAUCCUUUUUCAACAUGCCUUUUUUCAUAAAAGAAAAAUCAAAGAAGAAAAAAAAUAACAAACGUGCCAAGAAUGUAGAUCCAGGAAGUAGUAAAAAACGAAAGCUGAAUAAAAGUGAUGACGAAAUAACUACUAGUGAAGAUGAAGAUCCUGAUUUGAAUGGUGAUAUAGCAGACUUAACUUCUGAAGAAGAAAAUGAAUCUCCUCAAGAUAAAAAACUUCGAUUGGCGAAAAUAUAUUUGCAGGAGAUUGAACAGAUUGAAAGAGAAAAAUUGGGUAAGGAUGAAGAAGUUGAAAAGAGCAUCAUUUCUAAACGUUUAAAUGAAAAUUACCUGAAAGAAAUUGGAAAAUUUAGAAGUUUGGUAGCAGAAACUUAUACAGAAGAUAAAAUAGAAAAAAUAGAUACUUUGAAGUGCCGAGAACAAAGAAAUUCAAUUACAUGUUUAUGUAUAUCUUCCAACAAUAAAUUUCUUUUUACUGGAAGCAAAGAUGGUAUUGUUGUGAAAUGGAAUAUAGAACUUAAGAAGAAAGAAAAAAUUAUUCCCUUCGUGAAACAUAAAUCUGAUGAAGUAAUUGGACAUAGCAAUAGAAUAACUUCAAUUGCCAUAUCGUUUGAUGAUAAAUACUUGGCUGUUGGGGAUGAAUCAUCUGAUAUAAAAAUUUGGUGUCCAAAUGAUUUAUCGUUCUUGAAAACAUUUCAAGGGCACAACAAAAAGGUGAUGGGAGUAUCUUUUAGAAAAAAUUCUCAUACUUUAUAUUCCUGUAGUGCUGAUCGGACUGUGAAAGUGUGGAAUUUAGAUGAGAUGACAUACAUCGAAACUCUAUUUGGACAUCAAGACAUUAUUUCUUCAAUCGAUUCUAUGUUUAAAGAAAGGGUUAUAACAUCCGGAAGUAGAGAUGGUACUCUUCGAAUAUGGAAAAUCCCUGAAGAGUCGCAAUUAGUUUAUAAUGGACAUAGUGGUUGUAUAGAUAUUGUUAGGCUUAUAAAUGAAGAACAUUUUAUUUCUGGAGGCGAAGAUGGUCAAAUAAAUAUAUGGAGUUUCAUGAAGAAAAAACCACUUUACACAAUCAAAGAUGCUCAUGGAAUAGACAGUGUAAACCAGCAACCGAAUUGGAUAUGUAGUAUUGCUACUUUAUUUAAUACAGAUUUAUUUGCUUCCGGAUCCUUCAAUGGUACUGUGAAAUUGUGGAAAUUGACAUCAAAUUUCAGGAAAGCGGAGCUUUUAUUCGAUAUACCGCAAGUUGGUUACAUAAAUUGUAUGGCAUUCACAUCAAACGGAGAUAAGUUGAUUGUAAGUUGUAGCAGAGAUCAUAGAUUUGGUAGAUUCACCUUUUUAGAGGGACAAAAAUUUUUUAAUUGUAUAAAAGUAAUUUCUUUUUUGAAGAAAUAAUUGUUAUUUUGCAAACCAAUUCAAAUAUGAAUUGGAUCUGCAUUGUUUUCGUGAAAAUAAAGUUUUUAUAAAUA